AUGAAUGAUAUUAUCUCAACAGAAGCUAAAAAUAAGAACGAAAAUAUUCAAAAUGAUAAUGAUCCAUGGUCAUCAAUCAACUACCACAUCCAUGCAUCAUUCGUCCCAUCACUAGUAACCACCGACCUUGUAGCCCUUCUCUCACCGCAACCGCAUGAAAAAAUCCUAGAUAUAGGAUGUGGCGAUGGAAAACUCACCGUUCAAAUCCAGAAUCAAUGUCAAUUGUGUAUCGGGAUUGAUAAAAGUGCGAAUAUGGUGGCAGCAGCGAAAAGUAAUGGAUGUCGUGAUGUAAGGGUUGUUGAUGCGGAUCGGUUGAGUGAGUGGGUGGAGAGCGAGGGGUUUGUGGGUGUCUUUGAUAAGGUGUUUUCUAAUGCUGCGUUGCAUUGGAUGAAAAAUAUUGAAGCUGUAAUUGAAGGAGUUCGGAAAAGCUUAAAGCCAGGUGGAAUAUUUGUAGCAGAGAUGGGUUGUUCAGGAAAUUGUCAAGAAAUCGAAAAUGCAUUAAUCGCAUCUCUCGAUAAACGAGGAUUCAACGGAAAAGAAUUAUCUCCAUGGAAAUUUUUAACAUCCGAAACAUACACACAAAUACUCACCAAAAACGCAUUCAACAUAACGCACAUGCAACGAAUUCCACGCCCCACACCACUCCCAACAUCACUUUCCGGAUGGAUCGAGACUUUUGGCUUCGCGUUUCUCAAGGUAUUAGGGCACCCGGAAGAAAUCGAGGCUGUUAAACGCGAGUGUGAAGAAAUAUGUCGUCCGGUCGCGUAUAAUCAGGAGACGGGAAAGUGGGUGUUGACGUAUGUGCGAUUGAGUCUGGGAUAUCUGGGGUAUUUGGUGAGAGGCAUCGCAUCCGAGAAUCCACAUGUUGAGACUAGUACGACUCCGGUGAUACAGAUUCCAGCUCCUUCUUUUUCUGUUACUUCGCCGUUUUCAUUCACAGCUACCUGUAAUUAUGUAGACUCAAGCGGGAUUUUUGGAAUAUCGGUACAAAUUUUUGUGAAUUCGAGUACACAGAAUCAAUUUAGCGAUGCGGAAUCAGCAAUGAGUUCUGGAAUGGUGUUUAGACUUGUGGAUGCUGAUUUUGGUCAAAUCGAUUUUUCUGCGGGUAAGAAAGAGUCGGUAGACGCAAGAGAAGAAGCAUUUAAUCUGGAAAAUGCAUAUAUUCUUUCACCAUAUCAAAGACACGUAAUUUGGUUCAAGAGAGCCCAAAAUAAAGACUUAGAUGGUCAUCGAUUUCGAAAUGGUGCUGGAAUAAACACCGUGACAAAUGAUUAUUUUGUAAUAACAUCUCAAAUACAGACGGUCAGUCCACAAAAUCGCACAACUUUUAAACCAUUUACCACUAUAGAAAUAUAUUAUCAAUCACGCAUAGUGACCACGAAUGAACAAAUCAAGGAUAAGACGGUUAUGAAUCUGCUAAGUUCUCUCGGUGGUGCGUUUGGUCUCGGAAUGGGAGUAUAUGCUUUUUGUUUCGGUAAUAACAAAUUCACAUUUCGAUUAUUCUUACAAAAGUUUAAUAUAGAGCCUGGAGUCGGCUCGGCACAAAUAGGACCAUGGGGACUUUCACAAGAACUCCCGAUGGUACGAGGAUCUCUUCGAAGACAACUACAAUCGAAGUUUGGCGAUUUUGUCCCGCUCGUUGACGAAUUUCCCAACAAAAACGGACAACAACAACACGAUGAUAUGAAGACGGCGGCAACAGCAGUAGCGACAAACGACUUAAGUUUUGUCUUGAACCGGAUCCAGAUUCUUGAAAGACGGAGCGCAGGGUUAGAGCUGUUGCUUAGAGACUACGUUGUUGAUAUUGGGGAUUUGGAAGAGUUAAUUAGAUCUUCUAGAAAAAAGGAAACCAAUUCUUCUUUGAAUAAAGUUGACGUCCUUGAGGCGGAAAAAUAG